GAAAAAAACGCCACCAAAAUUACGGCAGUUCCUGUUCGAGGUUCCCUCCGCGCGCGGCCCUUCCAUCACGACCCAGCAAACACCGUUAAGCGAGCAUCUCCCGAACAUGUCGGGCAAGACGAGGGGAAACAGUAGCAGCUGAGUCGGCAUGGCAGUGGCAGCGCCCGGACGAACGCUCAUGAACACAUGGCGCUCGCUGGCAUCUCUCUUGCCAGAGGUACGGCGCGACUCGUGAGCGGCCGGACAAGUGGCGACAGUGUGGAGUGAGGAGCACGCGGCCCCUGGCGCGGCGGAAUGCAGCUCGCUCGCGGCUCUCGAAGCGGACCUGUGAGAAAUUGUCCUGGAAAAGGGAAAACGACGGCCACCGCGUGAGGCCGAGAGAUACAGGUUGACGGGAUGUGAACGAGCGUCCUCGGGUGAUGUGCAAGCAGUGCGGUGUUUCCCUGAGCGAUCCCUGAUUUAUUAUGUAAGGACCAGUGGAAAUGACCAAGUGGAAAGUGAAGUUGCAUGCGACGGGAAAGUGUGCUGAUGUUCCCUUGAAAGAUUACUGAUAUAAAACGAAAUGUUUUUGAAAACAUCAUUCGCUAUUGUGAACGAUGAAGGACUAAAUGUGAUAGUUACUAACAUUAUGCAUUGGCCGUGAUAAUUUUUGCACGAUUUACUCGCCAAGUUUUGUUCAAGUGUCUGACGCCAGACAGAAGCAUUCUUCAGGCAUGUGUGACUGUCAGAUCUAAAUCGAAUAAGAAAUGCCUGCCACAAUGAGUGGAGACUGGGACAUCGAGGCCAUCAAGGAGGAGGAGUGGGAGGAGCGCGCCGUUUACCUGGUGCCGGACACGCCCACUGAGGAAACCUGCGAGAACCAUGCCACGCUGUCCCUCCCGAGGAACCUCGUCCUCAAGCCUUCGCAGACGCUCUCCGAUGUCAUGGGCAUCUGGAGCACCGACUACAUCCCUCGGGGCACUCGCUUCGGCCCACUCGUCGGGAAGUGUUACGCCAAGGAUGAGGUGCCCAAGACAGCUAAUCGGAAAUACUUCUGGAGGGUGGAUCUUGGCGUUGGGAAACGAUUUCAGGUGUAUAAAGAAAAUGAGCUAUACUACUACAUCGACGGCUACGACACAACCAGAGCCAACUGGAUGCGCUACGUCAACCCUGCGUACUCGUCGGAGGCGCAGAACCUCAUCGCUUGCCAGUAUAAGACAAACAUUUAUUUCUACACGAUCAAGCCCAUCUUGCCCAACCAGGAGCUCCUCGUGUGGUACUGCAAGGAGUUCGCCACGAGACUCAACUACCCGCUCACGGGCGAGCUAAUGCUGCAGAAGAUCCGCCAGCAGGUCAACGAGGUGGAGGUGAAGCAGGAGCAGGACGCCACAGUGGAGACGAGCCCUUCGACGUCCCCCGUGGGCUCCACGUCCUCGAGCUCGCCCCCUGCCGCCUCUCCUACGCAGUUCGAAGCCGCGAACGGCCAGCUGACGCCCACGGAGGGCUCAGUGAGAUCAGAUGAGGGUUACCAUAGCAACGGCUACCACGAUGACUUCAACCUGCCGGAGGAUUCAUCGGAUUCAGAGAAUGAUAAUAACUACGUCCUCGACUUCAGCAAGAAGAAGAGGAAGGACUCGCCGACGGAGGACGAGGAGGCGGAGCUCCGCAACGAAUACAGGAAGGUCAAGAUCAAGAUGUCUCGCGCGUACCACUACCGCUCCAAGUCCACGGGCUCAGACUCCUCGGAGAAGGACAAGUCCGUGUCGCCUCCGCUGGAGCGUCAGCAGGCCCCAGCGGAGCCUGCGGUAGCGCCCAGCGCGGAGGCUCUCCCGCAGGCCCUCCCGCAGGUGGUCGUGAAGCCGCCCCCCACCCCGUCAGUGAAGAAGGAGGCGCACGCCUCACCCUCCACCCACAGGUCGCCCCCUUACCUCCCCCCAUCCCACUACCCCGCCUUCAGCGACCAGGCCCCCAGGGUCGACUCGGUGAUGGAGAAGGAGCAGCGCCCCGAGAGCACGCAGGAGAUGCCCGAGCCGCCCCGGAGGUACUCCGUGCUGGACCAGGCGGGGCACCGCGCCUCGGAGCUGAGUCGUGGCCCGGAGGCGCCAAGGCCAGAUACGCGCACAGCCCCAGUGUUGCCAGACUCCCGGAUGCCAAUGAUGCCAGACACAAGGCUGCCCAGCGUGACCAUCACCAAGCAGCAGGUGUCGCCAGACACUCGGCAGCCAAGCAUGCCUGACACUCGCAUGGGUCUGCCUGCAGGAGUCCGCCUGCCUCUCCCUCACGAGUCCCGCCUCGCCCCCAGCCGCCUGCCGCUGCCCUCCAUGACGCGCCUGCCGGGCCUGCCGCCCUCCGUGGUCGCCAUGCCCGCCCGGCCGCCGACCCUUCCGCCUCAGGACCCUCGCAUCACGGUGGCGCCCGACACGCGCCUCCCCGUGCCGCCCGACACGCCCCACGCCGUCCAGCCCGACACCCGCCACCCGGGGCCUCAGGAGAGCCGCAGCUCGGGCCUGCCGGAGCCCCGACACCCCCCUCCUCAGGAUGCACGCCACCCGGCGCCCCCCGACACAAGACUCCCCGUCCCUCCCGACACGCAGCUGGGUUCCUCUCGCCCCACGGGCUCGAUCCUUGAGAACAUCCUGCUGCGUCGUCUCGGAGGCAAGGACGAGGCGGACACGACGCACCCGCCCUCCAGCGUGCACCGCGACCUCAAGGAGCCGGUCCACAUCGCCCUCCCGAGCGACGCCCACUACAAGCCUGACAGCGCCUCGGGCAACUCCGGUCCUUCGCAGGACUUCCCUUACAAGCGGGCCUACUACGGCUCCGACUCCAGCCAGCAGAUCUCCCCCGAUUCCUCGUCGGCGCACCCGAAGCCAGCCUCCGCCUGCUACACCUCGCCGCAGCCCAACACGCAAGUGUCGUAUGCCGUCCAGCAGCCCGUCAACAGCGCCAUAUACCGAACGCCUGUGUCGCAAAUGUUCUCCAACGCUCACUUCAACAUGUACUCGUACAACGGCUAUAACGGCACCAGCGGCAACGGGUUCCCCCCCGCGAGCCAGGCCUCCAUGCCCAUGGACCACCGCCUCACCAUCUCCAUCCCGACCACCGCGACGGGCCAGUCUCCGGCCUCCAGCAACUCGUCCCACUCCUCGCAGGGCUCGCCGUCGUCGCAGGGCUCGACCUCGCCCAACACGGGCAACAACAGGGGCUACCGCUCCCUCCCUUACCCCUUGCAGAAGAAGGAUGGCAAAAUGCACUACGAAUGCAACGUCUGCUUCAAGACCUUCGGCCAGCUGUCUAAUCUGAAGGUGCACCUCAGAACACACUCCGGGGAACGGCCCUUCAAGUGCAACGUGUGCAUCAAGAGCUUCACGCAGCUGGCUCAUCUGCAGAAGCACCAUUUGGUUCACACCGGCGAGAAGCCGCACCAGUGCGACAUCUGCAAGAAGAGGUUUAGCUCAACCUCGAAUCUAAAAACUCACAUGAGGCUACACUCGGGUCAGAAGCCCUACGCCUGCGACCUGUGCCCCGCCAAGUUCACUCAGUUCGUCCAUCUCAAACUGCACAAGAGACUGCACACCAAUGAGCGACCGUACACGUGUAACACAUGCAACAAGAAGUACAUCAGUGCGUCAGGUUUAAGGACGCACUGGAAGACGACGAGUUGCAAGCCCUCCAGUCCCGAGGAGGAGCUGGCGGCUGAGCGGUCCCCGACAGGGUCGUCGUCGGGCUAUGAUUACUGUCCAUCCAUCGCCUCCGGGAGCAGCCUGGACACGAUAGACAACAACAGUCUCGACGACAUGUCCCACGCGUCCCCCCGCCACGACCCCCUGCACGACGGCGUGGACUACGACCCCAAGAGCCCCUCGUACAUCAUCCCAGACGACCUCAUCAAACACUCACAAGAGGAAUUCAAGAACUACAGCUCAGAAAUCAAGUGCGAGACGGACACUAGACCCUCUGUGAUUGAAACCUCGGCUCACCACGCGAUCGAGUGCACGUAAAGAAAACCCUGUGAUAUCUUUAAAGAGAGUGCGAACUAUUCCUCCUGUCGAGGAGAAGGAUCAGUGUGGGUGAAAUCUCAUGGAAAACAAUUGGCAAUAUUUGCCGUCUAGUGUGUGUGUCAAACUGAGGGUCUUGUCAUUUACUCGUGACUAUUUAGAUUAUAUAUAUAUAUAUAUAUUCGUGAUGAGGGAACUGGCAAAUGUGUAUAUUUUAUUCUGAUCUUAAGAUAUAUUUUGUUGUGUGACUCGAGUGACGUGAAAGUGGGAUAAUAGUUUACAGUGUGAUUAAUAGAAUUUCGUGACGUGAUGACUGGCCACUUUACACAACCAAUGACAAGACUUUGGUUCUUUUACUUUCAUGAAUGGGAUUUUCAACCUUCGUCUGACUUCUCUCAUUUCUUUAAGAAUCAAAAGCAUUCUACCUAUCUAAUCUUCCAUAUCCAUUAUCGGCAUUAUAUUAAUUAGAUAGUUUGUUCUCCUCGAUUUCAGGUGGCAUUCAUACCAUUAAAAUGAUAAUGAAAAACUUUCCAAUGCAUCAUGGCAGUUCGAUCAGUAUGGCAUACGUUAGCGUUUAACCACGUCGAGGUUCUCCAAAGGUAGACCACUUUGACGACUUCCAGACCAGCUGCUCAAGCUUAUCUAUUCGCCGUAACUCUUGUCAGCCUCGCAGAAGGUAGACACAUGACAGUAUUACGCAUUGACGGACUGUUACGUGGAUAGAUGGACAGACAUAUCAAUACUGACUGUAGGAGUUUAGACAGAUGAUUUAUUUUAACCUACUGUUGGGACAUUCUAAAACCAAAUAAUUGUGCAACCAUUGACGUACUUUUACCGGUGGACUGUAUGCAAUCAGCCUUAUUUCUGAGGCAUAUUUUAUACAUAAAAUUGUUUGAUAGAUUUCUGACGAAUAAGAGGACUGCGAUUCCAAUACGUGAUAUAGGUCGACUGACUAUAGAUUUCUUUUUCAAUCCAAAAAAAAAGACAAAA